AUGUCUACCUCUACUUCCACAUCAACUGCUCCUAUUAAUAACAUCAAAAAUCUCGCAUAUAAUAUUCUUAAAACCUUCAAGGAUGGCAUUAUUAAGGGUAAAAAAAUUACAGAACUAGGGCCAUGCUCUGAAUGUGACAAUGAUAUUUUAAUAUCUCCUCUCAAAGCAUUCACAUACCUAGCAUGCAGACACCUUUUUCAUAGACUCUGUAUCGAAAAAAAGCUUUUACUUACUGUUCCAAACACAUGUCCAUUCCUGGGUUGUGGAAAGAAUGUGGAAAUAUUAGAUCAAGCCAAUCCCCUUGGCACUGUUUCCAAUUUGCCGUUAACUAAUCCCAAGGAGGCCUCCCAAUCAACUGGAAUUUCACCUUUGAUGGGGAUCGAAGAUACAGCAACCCAACAAGUCAAAAGUAAUUUGAGGUGUGCCAAAUGUUCUAAAGAUCUUUCUUCAUAUCUCCUACCUAUAGGCUUUCUUUGGUUCUCUCCCCAACUUCAAGGCCCCUUGAAACCACUCAUAUGCUUAACCUGCAAACAUAUUAUCCAUUACAAUUGUAUCAAUAAUUCACAAAAACUAUGUCCUAUAUGUCCAUUAACUAAUAUGAAACCGGAAGAGGAAGAAGAAAUGAGUGUUGAUAACGAAGAACAACCUGAUACCAGCAGUAAAAAAUGUUCCAAUGAAGGUACAGACAUCAACUUAUCUUCACCCAAGAAGAAGGCAAAGAAAGCAGUUAGAAGAAAAGAUUUGCCUAUUUUGAAAAAGCUUAUCAAGGAAUUGUCCGCUCCAAUUCCACAGCAAAGCUCUUCUGGUAGUAUUAUUUCUCUACAAACAUUCCCUAAUAUGGAUAUUAGCUCGGUUAAUUUUCCUGAACUAGAAAAUAAGAUCAUCAAUGCCGAAGAUAGUAAUAAAAAAACUAUUCUAGAAGUGAUUCAUGCAUAUUAUUAUUUUGGGAAAGGACUAAAACAAGUUUCAGAGGCUAAUCUUAGAAAAAGGAAAGAAAGGGCAAUAAAAAUCUUUAAACUCUUUGAUAGGGUUGGAGGGGAAGGAAAGAUAUAUUGUAUUAAGUCUUUUUCUGCGUCAACUAUUUCAAGACUGGGCAUGAAUAAUAUUGAUUAUGUAAAAGCUAAGGAGCUAGAAGAAGCUAUAACUACGUGUAGGACAAAUAAUUCAAAAAAUAAGCGAAAGCUAGUGGAGAUCUUAUCUCAGUUUAACAUGACUUCUAAGGAACAACAUCAAAAAUUUUAUAAAGAAGCUUGGAUGAAAGAAAAAGAGAAACGACAAGCUAUGGAACAGGAAUGUAACAUUAAUAUAAUUCAAGAGAAUAUAGAAUUUAUAUUAAGCAGAUGUAGAGUUAAGCUAGGAAAUAGUUGCUCGGAAGCUACUAUAAUCGCAUAUAUCGAAAUUGUUCAUCAUUUGGAACGCUUAGAUCUAGCAACAAUUAAACCAGAAGUUCCUUUAGCAUCUGGUAUUAUUGAUCUCUCUGGAAAUGAAGACCCAUUUGUAAAUUUGUUAUCGUCUAGGUCUAAGCAGAUUUUGAUGCACCAUGAGUUCGGCAAUAAUAAAUUUCUGGGAGAAAUUAAAUUCAUGAUGGAUGAUUUCGUAGACACGUAUAAAGAUCUGAGACCUGACUUUGAUCCUGUUAUAUCAUUAAUUAAGAGUAUUUCUAAUUCUAGGCGACAUAUUUGGAGUCUGAGACCAUUAUUAACGGAAGAUGAUUAUAGCGAGAACUUAUAUGUAAUUUAUGCUGUAUCAAAGCAGACAAACAAGUCUUCACAGUCUAGGAUGGAACGAAUGAAAGCCACGAAUUCAGGAAAGAAGCCAGAUCUACAAGUUUUGUUAAAGCUUGACACAGUGGAAAAUGAAAUAGUACUUGCUGAGGUUUCACGAUUACUGCCUCAACAAGAUAAAGAAAUUAUCGACUGGAAAAAAUUGAUAUCCAGAUCGAUAAAUGAUAAGUUAGAGAAAGUUCCUGUUUUAGGUAUCCAAGUAAUACGAGAUCGUCUGAUCAUUUCUGCGUUAGACUUAUUUGAAGAUGAUUUUUAUCGGAACGCCCUUAAAAUGAGGUUUAUGGUAAAAAAAAUUAUUGCAAUGUCUGUUGAUGUGAAGGAUGAAAUUAGUCUUUUGCCGGUAACUGAAAAUUGGACUCCAUCAACAUCAAUGAUAGGUUCUUUUGAGUAUUAUUAUCAUUGUUCUUGGGGCGUUAUUAUCAUUGGUCUUGGAGGCAUUACUAUCAUUGGUCUUGGAGGCAUUACUAUCAUUGGUCUUGAAGGUGUUACUAUUAUUGGUCUUAGGGGCGUCACUUUGGUUGGUCUUGGAGGUAUUAUUAUCAUUGGUCUUGGAGGUGUUAUUACUGUUGGUCUUAGAGGCAUUACUAUUAUUAGUCUUGGGGGCAUUACUAUUGUUGGUCUUGGGG